AUGUACCAGAAUACAGCCGAGUGGACACACUGGAAUGCAAAGGACCAAGGAAGGCCGGUGAACUUAGGCAGGAUUGGAUUGCGAGAAUCCUAUGGAAGGCCAGAGGAAAAAGUGCUCAUCAACCGUCAUGAGGUCACAAUUAGCAGAGAUGCCUGGGACAUGCAGGAGUUCAUCACUUAUAUGUACAUCAAGCAGCUCCUUCGACAUCCAGCCUUCCAGAUGCUCCUGGCCGUGCUUCUGUUGGCUAACUCCAUCAGCAUCGCUGCGCGCACUAACGAUUACCUUGGCCAGAAAUACUAUGAGUUAUUCUCCACCAUAGAUGACAUCGUGCUAACAAUUCUCAUGUGUGAGAUUCUGCUUGGCUGGUUUAACGGCUUUUGGAUCUUCUGGAAGGAUGGAUGGAACGUACUCAACUUUCUCAUCCUCUUGUUGCUGAUGCUGGGCCUCUUCUUUGAAGUGUUCGGUGCCAUCGCCAUCGCUUACACCUUGAGGGCGUUGAGAUUGGUACAUGUGUGCAUGGCGGUGGAACCCCUGGCCCGGAUUCUGCAUGUCAUUAUACAAUCUGUGCCCGACAUGGCCAACAUCAUGGCACUCAUCCUCUUCUUCAUGCUGGUUUUUUCUGUUUUUGGAGUCACCCUCUUCGGCUCCAUGGUCCCUAAACAUUUCCAGAACAUGAAAGUAGCCCUUUAUACCCUCUUCAUCUGCAUCACCCAGGACGGCUGGGUCGACAUCUAUAAGGAUUUUCAGAUGGAAAAUAGGGAAAUCGGGAUAGAGAUCGGGGGUGCAGUUUACUUUGCCAUCUUCAUCACCCUUGGUGCCUUCAUUGGCAUUAACCUGUUGGUGGUUGUCAUCACCACGAACCUGGAACAGAUGAUGAAGGAGCAGGAACGGGAGCAGCAGCCGGACAUGAAUACUUUAACCAACCUGGAGGUGAGUCAAGAUGAUUACACAAGCGACGACAAACCAGAGAUUCAGCUAGUGCAUUGUAGGGAAUGCAUGGCUGACUGGGGCGGGGCGACCAAGCUGGAGCCGCUGUCUGGGGGGCCGAUGGAGAACCUGUCGGAGUACACCUGCGACAACUUUUGCCUGGUGCUCGAAGGCAUCCAGGAGAACCUACAGGCCUACAAGGAGAUCCGGGAGGAGCUCAACAAGAUUGUGGAAGAGGUUCGCUCCAUCCGCUUUAACCAGGAGCAAGAAGAAGAGACGCUACAAAGAAAGUGGAUCCGGAGCUUUUCUGAGGAAAGUUCAACCUCGCUGCGCAGCCAAGACGUCCUCUCCAGGCUCAUGAGCAAGGAAAAGGUGAAUGGGCAUCCUGACUUUGGGCCGCCCUUCCCCCUGCCCAAAUUCCAGGCAGCAGUAUUGCGUCCUUCUGGGAAGAGGGGACCUCCCAAAUGGGCUGAUACUUAG